UGCAAUAUUUUAUUACAACAAUUUAAAUAUCUUUGGAUGUAUUAUUGCACUUGCAACGUCUGAAAAUACGUUGAAUUAAAGUAUAUCGUAAUGGAGAUUAGGAUAAAGGUUUUCAAAAUUCCCGCCAUAACCUAAGUAGCGUACGUGAAAUGUUUUUUUUUUAUUUUUCGAUUUAAUUAUGGCGGAUCUAGAAUGGUGUGUGAACGAAGUUCAUAAUCAUUUUGUGUGAGUGCAUACCAGUUGUAAAACGUUAAUGUGAUUGCUAAAAUUCGUCCGCACCGCAAAGGUGUAUGCCUGGGUGGGCGGAAACAAGAUAUGGCGGAGAAUAGAGGUUCGGACAACGUCGUUAUGCCGGACAUUACCGAAGUAUCCGAAGCCGAUCCCCUGUCGGCGGGGGCCGAUCACGAUGCCGACCGAUCUGAUGGCGGGGCUGUUUUGUCGACUGCAAUCAAAAAUACGAGAUUAUCUAGUGAUUCUAAUGGCGUCGUCACGGUGCCAGUUUCUCUGCCGGUCGGCACACUUAUUACUGGCACCACAUUUAACGUGAUAACGUCAGAUCAGUUGCCACAUUUCAAACCUAUGAUAUGUGUUGAUAAUGGGUUUAUAUCAGGUGGACCCGUAUCUGUGUCAGAUGACAUAAAACCUACUCAUAUUGUGAUCCAAAACCCUACUUCGCCAGUGACACGGCCAGAGGAGAGUAGCUCUAGUGCAUCAAGUGCUCGACAUACUAGCGCUCGAUCAUGGGCUGAGACUGCUAGCAUGCCGAUACUGCCUAUUCGAUGUAAAAAUACGCCAGCCGAACUUCAUAAACAAAGAUUUGGUUCUGGGGGUAGAGGGAGGUGUAUAAAAUACGGAAUGGAAUGGUACACUCCUAGUGAAUUUGAAGCCUUAUGUGGGAGGGCUUCUAGUAAAGACUGGAAACGAUCUAUUAGGUUUGGAGGGCGCAGCAUCCAGGCACUGAUAGAUGAGGGAAUACUGACCCCUCAUGCCACAAGCUGUACUUGUGGGGCUUGCUGUGAUGACCAGACAGCGAUGGGACCAGUACGGUUAUUCACACCAUAUAAGAGAAGAAGACGUCACAAUCAAGAUGGAGAAGAGAAGAAGCCGAAAUUAAAAAGAGAAUCCAGUAUAGGAGAUGGUGAUGUUGACAAUAUACACCAGAGCAGCAACAAUAGCAAUAAUUCUAAGGAAGCCUGGCAGAGUAUUGCCGAGGGCUUGGACUCCAAUGCUGACUACCAUUUAUUAGAGAAUCCAGACACCAAUGCUGAUUCUAUUUCAGGUAUCCCCGAUAUGAGUGGUGUGCUCAAAAGACUCGACGACAUCGGUCACUCGCUAGUGAGGCUCGCGUCGGAGUUAAAACAGUGCGUCGAAGAUGUACGUGUUGUCAAUGCGCGUCAGGUAGAGCGCCUAGAGCAGGAGAGAGCGAGCGCGUUACUUGCCGCGAGUGUGGACGCACACGUGGAGGCGGAACACGUGUCUCUCCACAACGUGGAGGACAAUGAAGCAAAAAAGUGUGCAAAUUGCAACCGCGAGGCUUCAGCUGAGUGCUCGCUCUGCCGACGUACGCCGUACUGCUCAACAUACUGCCAGAAGAAGGACUGGGCGGCCCACCAGAUCGAGUGUUUGCGCUCUGUCCCCACCAUUCACGCUGAUCCUCAACAACAUCAAUCAAUAAUGCUUAUUGUCGAGAGCCAACAUCAGUAGCGAAAUUUUUCGUCUUGGACCGUUUAACACCACGCCACCGAGUUGCUGAACACAGAAGAUCCUUAUUUUAUUUCGCAUUGUAUGUUUUGUUAAAUGACAUUUGAUGUUCAUGACUAGGAAUUUUGGGCAGUCAGAGUCAGCGCCCAGUAUAGUUUUUAUUAUUCAUAUGUCAUUUAAAGACAAUUAUUCAAACAAUUUAUGUGUAAAGGACAAAUUAGCUAUGUGUCAGUAAAUAUCCACAUUUGUUGUUGGUCCCUAAAACGUACCAAUAACUAAUUUGGAUACAGGAUCCUAUUUAUUCACGCUUUAAAGCAUAUAAUCAAAGGUAUAUUAUUCGCUAUUUACAUUUAUAUUUCUACUUACCUACAAACAUUUUCAUAAUAGUCUUUGAAACAUGCAUUUCUAAGAUUAUUUUGUAAUAUUGAUGGCUAUAGGAUAGGCUAGGUUUUGCAGGUGUAUAAUUUGCUAAUUACAAUCGUUGAAUAUUGUGGUACAAAUCGUUAUCAGCGACGGGACUCCACAAAGUCACCCUCUAGUGAAACAUAAAAGAAAGCUGUAACGUGGCAUACAGUUUAGGUAGCCGAGAGACUGUAUGAUUACGACAAGAUUUGAUUUCCCGCUGCAACUUUGUGCCAUUCCAUUGAUGAUUUUGAAUGAUUGAUUGAUGUAAACUGGUUUCCGACCAUAUUAUUAAGCACAAGUUUAUAUCUGAAACAUUGUACCCGCAUGUUAGAGCCUCACACAUAAAGGAUUGCAAAUAAUAUGAAGACGCAAUAGUCCUCUUCCAUAUUCGAGCGUAUUAUUAUCGUAUUGAUUCAUUAAUAUUAAUGGCAUUGAUAUGGGAUUCAAGUAGAGUAGGAUAGAGUGUUAAAAUGUCGAUACUUGUAAAUAUUGGAUUAGGACAUUAUUAUAGCAAUAUCAAUACAGAUGCUGCAUGGAAAAUUAUGAUGGCAACCUGUCUAGAUAUACACUGUACCAGUAUGAGGUAGUGGCAACAUCUGGGUAGGCCAGUGUGAGGCAGUGGCAACAUCUGUGUAGGCCAGUAUCAGUUAGUGGCUACAUCUGAGUACGUAGCACGGGUUACUUUUACGUUUAGCGAGAUCAAAAAGAGCCCGCUUUCGGCGCUCUGAUAGAAAACCAGUAUCAGAGGACGGAACGUCAAAACGUGUCGAUCAUAUUAAACGUGAAGCAAGCUCGUACUAAGCCUCGAACGCCACACGUCUUGAUUUUUCGGAGGUCAAGGUUGUGUGGCAAGGAGUGGAUAGGGAGUAAAGAUAGCAACAUCUAGGCACCCCAGUACUAUAAUGUAGUACGAUGGCAACAUCCAGGCAGGCCUGUAUGAGGUGGUAAGGUGGCAACGACGGCCUAUACCGGAAAAGCACAG